UUUUGUGUGUUUUGAGUGCAAAUUGCCCCACAAAUGUACAGUUUUUCCAUUUCAGAGUGAAUUUUUGAGGAACAUACUGUAUUUUUUCUUGGUUUUGCACCAUGAUUCUUAAUGAUUUUAACAUACCAGUAAAUCUAUAGCCUUACAUGAAUGAAACUAACAAUAUAUUUAAAUGUGACAGAAACUAUAUUUUUGUGUAACACUUAAAUAAACCGACCUCUGCCAUUAAACAUGAAGGCUUUCACAUAGCUGCAUGCUGUUGUCCCUCCCCCACAAGGGGGCAUGUCCUAGCAGAAACCCCCAUCCAGAUGGAGCUGCUGCGGCUUUAAGAGCCGUAGAGGCUGGCAGAGAGGGAGGAAGUGCCAGGAUACACUGCAGUGUAGCGAUGGGGAACACGCAGGAGAAAUCCCUCUUUAGUGGGGGAGGGGAAUCCAGACUGGAUCAGACUGCAGCCGAGAACAGGGGUAAAUGCACGGAAGGGAAGGAUCAAAGCGCUCCCGGCAAAGCGGUGGCCAAUGGGACUGGGAGCAUCCCAGCCACGGUAGGAGAGGAGCCCCGCUGCCCCGCAGUGGACACAAACCACCAUGCCGGGUCUCUCCCGCCCCACCUGGCACGGAUUAAGAAUGAGGGCAAUCAACUCUUCAAGCACGGCCAGUUUGGGGAUGCGUUGGACAAGUACAGCCAGGCUAUUGAGGGUUGUGCUGAAGCAGGUAUCAGCAGCCCGCAGGACUUGUGCAUCCUCUACUCCAACAGAGCCGCCUGCUACCUUAAGGACGGCAACAGCACCGACUGCAUCCAAGACUGCACCAAGGCCUUGGAUCUGCAGCCUUACUCCUUGAAGCCCCUGCUGCGUAGAGCCAUGGCAUAUGAGUCGUUGGAGCGCUACAGAAAUGCUUACGUGGAUUAUAAAACCGUGCUGCAGAUAGACACUGGGGUGCAGGCAGCCCACGACAGUGUGCACAGGAUCACAAGGAUGCUAAUUGAGCAGGACGGGAUGGUGUGGAGGGAGAAGCUUCCUGAGAUUCCUGUGGUGCCGUUGUCGGUGCAGCAGGAACAUUGGGAGAAGCCCGUCAGCAUGGAGCAGGAGCGGGCACGGGCAGCCAGGGUGGCACAGGACGAAGUCAGACGAAAGGAGGCCCGCGUCAGUCUCCUCAAACAGGAAGGCAACGACCUGGUUAAGAGGGGUCACUUCCACGACGCAAUGCACAAGUACACCGAAUGUAUCGCCAUCAAACACGACGACUGCGCCCUCUACACAAACAGAGCCAUUAGUCUGCUAAAGCUGAGUCGCUUCCAAGAGGCCAAGCAGGACUGUGACGCUGCCCUCCUCAUGGAGCCAACUAACAAGAAGGCCUUCUACAGACGAGCUCUGGCUCAUAAGGGUCUACAGGACUACUUGUCGGCUAGUAGUGACCUUCAGGAGGUUCUAGAGCUGGACCCCAACGUCAGAGAGGCCGAGGCGGAGCUUCUCGUGGUGACCAGCCUGCUGAGAAAGAGCCUCAUGGACGACAGGCCUCUUCAAAUGUGAUGGAUCCUCAUCUCGGAGAUAAUCGCUUUAUUCUGGAAUGUUCCAAAGCCUCCCUCCUUCCAUGCAGAAGGUGGAGACCAGCUCAGAAAUCAUAAGGUCUAGUGCAAAAACAAGUGUGCCUUACUGAGAUUUCAAACCACUCUUAUGAUGGAAAAGGCCAAGUUUCAUUGUGGUGAAAAGAGCUUUGUUUCCAAAGUUACCCAAAAAUAGUUUUCUGAUUACAGACCAUUUCAUGUGAGCAUGAUAACAUUUGUGUUAUAAACUGAUUUUACUGUGUGCAAUGUGCAAAACCCAAAACCAGUGAAGUUGGCACCUUGUGUAAUUCAUAAAUAAAAACAGAAUACAAUGAUUAGCAAAUCCUUUUCAAUUUAUAUUCAAUUGAAUAGACUGAGAAUUUUAUUUUUUCUGCAAAUAAUCAUUAACUUUGAAUUUAAUGGCAGCACACAUUGCAAAAAAGUUUGCACAGGGCCAUGUAACUGUUACAUGGCCUUUCCUUUUAACAACACUCAGUAAACGUUUGGGAACGGAGGAGACCAAUUUUUGAAGCUUUUCAGGUGGUAUUAUUUCCCAUUCUUGCUUGAUGUACAGCUUAAGUUGUUCAACAGUCCGGGUUCUCCGUUGUGGUAUUUUACGCUUCAUAAUGCGCCACACAUUUUCAAUGGGAGACAGGUCUGGACUACAGGCAGGCCAGUCUAGUACCCGCACUCUUUUACUAUGAAGCCACGCUGUUGUAACACGUGGCUUGGCAUUGUCUUGCUGAAAUAAGCAGGGGCAUCCAUGAUAACGUUGCUUGGAUGGCAACAUAUGUUGCUCCAAAACCUGUAUGUAUCUUUCAGUAUUAAUGGUGCCUAAUGUGUAAGUUACCCAUACCUUGGGCACUAAUACACCCCCAUAGCAUCACAAAGACUGGCUUUUGAACUUUGCGCCAAGAACAAGCCGGAUGGUUCUUUUCCUCUUUGUUCCGGACGACAUGACGUCCACAGUUUCCAAAAACAAUUUGAAAUGUGGACUCGUCAGACCACAGAACACUUUUACACUUUGCAUCAGUCCAUCUUAGAUGAGCUUGGGACCAACGAAGCUAGCGGCGUUUCUGUGUGUUGUUGAUAAAUGGCUUUGGCUUUGCAUAGUAGAGUUUUAACUUGCACUUACAGAUGUAGCGACAAACUGUAGUUACUGACGGUGAUUUUCUGAAGUGUUCCUGAGCCAGGCUGGACAGGCUGUCCUCACUCAGGUCCGCACGGACCUGGAGGGGGCAUGCCUUAAGUCCGGCUGGAAAUAGGGAGAAAUUCGGGAGAAUGGUUGUCCCGGGAGAUUUUCGGGAGAGGCAUUGAAAUUCGUGAGUCUCCCGGAAAAUUCGGGAGGGUUGGCAAGUAUGGUACAGUGAUUUCUCCAGAUUCUCUGAACCUUUUGAUGGUAUUGCAGACCAUAGAUGGUGAAUGUGGAGGUUGCCCUCCUGUGGGUCCUCCAGACCACCAAGCAUUGCCAUGAGAGCCCGGGUCGGGGUUACAACAGUCUUUAUUUUUAAUAGUGUCCUCAGGUUGCUUUUCAGCAAUUGUCUGUGUGUCUUCCUUUCCCUAUGAGUCUGUGCUGUCGCUCUUGCUCCAGCUCCAACAACAUCUCUCCUUCCGGCUGCUGCUUAUACAGGGCAAACGGUGAUUAGAUAACAAGGUCCACCUGGGCCAUCUACACACCUGUCGCUGACUUCGAGGCCGGUCCUGGCACACCCCGUUCCGCUGCAGGCCACGCCCCCCUCCACAGUAAAAUCCCUGAAUUCCUUGCAAUAGCUCGUUGAGAAAUGUUGUUCUUUAACUGUUUGACAAUUUGCUCACGCAUUUGUUCACAAAGUGGUGACCCUUGCCCCAUCCUUGUUUGUGAAUGACUGAGCAUUUCAUGGAAGCUGCUUUUAUACCCAAUCAUGGCACCCACCUGUUCCCAAUUAGCCUGUUCACCUGUGGGAUUUUCCAAAUAAGUGUUUAAUGAGCAUUCCUCAACAUUCUCAGUCUUUUUUGCCAUUGUGCCAGCUUUUUUGAAACAUGUUGCAGGCAUCAAAUUCCAAAUGAACUAAUAUUUGCAACAAAAAAAAAAAGUUUACCAGUUCGAACGUUAAGUAUCUUUGCAGUCAUUUAAUUGAAUAUAGGUUGAAAAGGACUGGCAAAUCAUUGUAUUCAGUUUUUAUUUAUGAUUUACACAAUGUGCCAACUUCACUGGUUUUGAGUUUUUGUGAUUCUUCUAAAAAGUAGCACAUUCCAUCCAUCAUUGCAUUGUGCCACACCACUGUUCAAUCUCUUCAUUAGGCUUUAUUGUAUUGUGUGUAUAUUUCAUGUGUGUACUAUGACUGUCAAAGUUAUCAUUAAUCACAGAAAAUGAUGGCAUGAAUCUAAUAUGAAAAGGCAGAUUGACUAAUAUCUACACAAUUUAUUUAGACCGCACCUGCCCAUUUACCUUAACGGUGGAUGAUUACCUGAAAGUUGUCGCAGGUUAUUAUACGGUCUGAUUAGGUCAAUACAUAAUGAGUGAGGAGACUGCAACUGGUGAGUUCGGUGGCAAAUUUUGCUUUAAAAUACUAGCACUUGAGACAAAAACGAUCUAAUUUGCAUAUAUUGUAGAAAUGAAUUAUCUUUUCACCGAGUGCAUCAGUUUAAAAUGCUAUUUUAAAACAAAACACAUUUUUAAGGCAGCUGCGAGCAAGAAUGCUAUUGGCACAUCAACAACAAGCUACGCUAGUGGCAAUGUUAUUCAGUGCUCAUAGAUUUUUGGCAGCAACUGUGAUUAAUCAAAAUUCCAGUGUGAUUAAUCUGAUUUUAAACACUUAAACACACUAGUGCUGUCAAAGAAUACCGAUGUUGAAGUUUCAAUUCACUUCUGAGUUGAAAUUUUAUGAUUGUGGAAUAAUUUUGUUAUGAGUGCAAAUUAAUUACAAAAUAACAAUGUAACUGAAAUAUAAAUGUAAAUAGCGAAUCAUUAGAACAAAAGUUAUGAUUUGUUCUAAAGGUUUAUGCACACAAAAUACUUGAAGCGCAUGUAGAGUACAGGUUUUAAAUUACAUUCACAAAUCAAAAACUGAGUUUUUAUGAAUGUUUAGGUUCCAUAACUUAAUCUAGUCCAGAUUUAAGAACUUUAAGUUUUUGAUGUGGACCCGGACUAAUCUUCUAAUGUCUAAGAAUGGUUAAAUGUAUCUUUAUUCUGUUUGUGAAAAUGCGAUAGUUUCACAAAUCACUACCUGUGUUUUUAUGAACUUUCAGGGUCUGUGGGAUGAUCUAGUCCAGAUUUGAGAACUGUAAAUACAGUGGUUGGACCUGGACUAAUGUGGUCAACGUCUUUGAAAUAGGGUUAAACUAAAUGUAUUAUAUUUUACUAGUAGAUUGAAGGUUUCACAAACCAUAAACAUGAUUCUUUACGCAGCAUCUGUUUUUGUUACAUUAUUUUUGUCAUGUUGCACUGGUGACAAAAUUAUUUAAUGAUUAUAACAUUUCAAGUGUAAAAUAUCAGUCUGGUAUUAUCAGUCUAGUCCAGGGGUCGGCAACCCAAAAUGUUGAAAGAGCCAUAUUAAACCAUAAAGACAAGAAACAAAUCUGUCUGGACCGGCAAAUAACAGUAAAAGCCUUAUAUAAGUGUGAUAAUGAAGGAAAUCCAUGAUGUGUCUAUGUUAGCCCCAAUAGCAUGUUAGCAUCGAUUAGCUUGCAGCCAUGCAUUAACCAAAUAUGCCUGAUUAGCGCUCCACAUAAGUCAGUAACAUCAACAAAGCAAUGAAACAAUGUGGUAAAACACGUAAACAAACUGCUGCAUCAGUCUACACAAGUACGGUGAGUUCAAGAACCGCCGAAAUUAGGACAAAACUGCACUAGCAAAAUACUCUCAUCAGUGAAGCAUAAACACAAACCUAUUAAACAGUUUUUUUCCUAACAAUUAGAAAGGUUUGUGUCAUGCUUGUCCUCCUUCAUGAGCCAUAUUAAAACAAUAUUUCCCCCCAUCUUUUCCAUUUUUGAAAAAGCGCCACAAGGGCCGCAUACAGCUCUAGAGCCACAGGUUGCGACCCCCGGUCUAGACCAUAAACAUUUACCUGCUCAUUUGCUCAAUUAUCAAACCACACCUACUUGAUUUGAAAAUUUUAUUGUUUAAAGAUAUGUAUUUAAAUGCACGUUACAAAGCCAAUAAUUAGUAAAUGUAUAUUUUGCGUAUGUGUGAUGCUAGAAAAUAUGGGGAUAAAAAAGGUCUGGCCCCAGUCUUUAAAGAAUUAUACAAACAAUUAUAAUAAGAAGGAAGAAAACCCUCUUAAAAGCAUUCAGGCUUACAGGAUCAAAAACAGGAUAACCUUGCAAAGUGUUAUCCCCAAAAGGCACUUAAUAGGGGCAAACAAUUACUAGCAUUUGCCAUCAAAGAAAAAAGGUAUAAUAGUAAAAAAAAAGAUGCACAAUUUGAAUAUUACUAAAAGGGAGAAUCAAGCAUGAAUAUUUAAAAUGUACUGAAAGACACCAGUUUUGCAUGUUGAUUGGUCUUUUUUUUCUGGCUGUGAAGUUGUACAGCUGCUACUCGGCUUGUUCUUAUAACUUUGGCCAGUCAAAGAGAAUUAAAAGAAAAUACUUGAAGCAACUCGGGGUGCUUUUUUUGCAUAGGUUAAAACCACAAAUACAUUUUUAGCUGAUCCAACAUUUUUAAUCAAUAUUAAAAGAUUGCAGGAAGGAUCCACAAGAAGUCUUGUGACAACAUUAGAUUUUAAAUAAAAAGUUUGGACCCAACACAGGGCUGCAACAUACAAUAAAAACAACUUUCCCAAAAUGGAAAAUAAUAAGCAAGACACUUUGCACAAAUAAACAAGUGAUAAGCUAAUAACCACAGUCUGUUUCAAUUGAUCUGAAAAUGUGCUACUAAAUGGUCCCUCAGAAAAGUGUGGCACGGUGGUGGAUGCAGCAAUGACGUAAAAAAUUAAAGUUAUGAAUAAAAACUAUCAUUCAAGUCGACCUCCGUAAAAAACCUUUAUGCUCAACUUCCACGCUGCAAAACGCUUGACUCACUGACCCCUUCAACCCACGCUGACUUUCUCCAUUCCUGUCUUAACAGCCAAUAAGACACAAUCAGACCCCAAUUUAAUGGUGAGUAAGUGAACCUUUUAGAUCUCAGUUUGAAUGCAGCGCCUACUUGUGGGGCUCACAGGCUGUGCAGCAGUGUCACGAGUGGGUCCGCUAAGGUUGUCAUGGGGAUUGGCGGUGUUGCCUUCACCCUCUUCAGUAAUGAACAGAACACUAUCUGUCGGGGAGGCAGGCGGCGAUGAAGACACGAGGCAGUGGCUGAAGGCAGAGUGGCUCCUAUGAGGCAGGAGCUGCUCCAGGCGAUCGUGCUCCACUUCGGGCAUAGGCGUGACAGCCAGCUUGCCCAAGACGACAGAGGUGGCGGCUGCGCGAGGCUCCGCCGUGUCAGAGCACAGGGGGUGAGCCGUUCUCACAGUUUCUGGGUCGGAGCAGCUGAGCUCCGACGACAAGUGGCUGCAGUGCGAGUCAGCCACCGACGGCAGGCUGCCGCUCAGCGAGGGCAAGUCGAACUCUGAGGAGUUGGUGCUGCGGCGCUCAAGCAGCUGAGCGUCCGUGUGGUUCAUUUUGGAUUCCGCCUUGCCUCGCUUCCACAGUUUCCCUUUGUUCUUCUUGCACGCUGCCGCGGGGUCCUCUUUUGACCAGGGCGAAGGCGGGCGGCCAUGACCGUCGGACGGGCCAGCCGUCGCCCCUUUGAAGCCUGUGGUCCCGCUGCUGCUACAACUGGCUUCAUCCAGGCUGCUGCUGGCGCUGCAGUGUCUCACCUUUUCCUCUUUGGACUCCACGUCUGUUUGACCCUCCACACUGUUGUCUCUGUACAGCACACAGUCACACAUUUAUUGUUUUUAAAAAGAGGGAAAACUUGUACAUAAUCGUCGCAUUAAAGAAUAACUGAAAUGCAAUUGCUCCUUGCCUGUUAGAUAUACUCGUCACUGGGGCUGGGUAUUAUUUGUCAAAUCCCUUCAUAAUGUUCAAAAUCUAUUAAUCACAUAAAUAUUGAAAAUGUCUUAAAUCUGCUACAUAAUACAAAUCAACUUAUUUUUUUUCUCUUCACCAUAAAAAAAAAGUAUGGAUUAUUUUACCUUCCUCAAGUCGCAAAACUGCAAUGUUGAAAAGGAUUUGCAUGUGAAAGUGUACCGGGAAUUGUCUUGAUGAUUGCACUAAGGUAUUGUUUCUUCAAGUGCAAAAUAACAACAGUAAAAAUGUUAGAUAUUCUUCUGGGACUCUUGUUGCCGCAGUCGAACAGAAUGUAACGCAUCGUGAAGUUUUCUGGCAUACUUGACACUGCUUUGUGUGCUAAAACAGGGGUGCCCGCACUUUUUCUGCAAGCGAGCUACUUUUCAAUUGACCAAGUCGAGGCGAUCUACCUCAUUCAUAUAUGUUAUUUACAUUUAUUUAUCUAUUAAAGCGACAUUUUUGUUAAGGUGUUUAAUGAUAAUACAAGCAUGUUUAACACACAGAUUCCUUUCUUUCAUGAAGACAAGAAUAUAAAUUGGUUUAUUAUCUGAUUCUGAAGACUUGCAUUGAUUGGAAUCAGACAGUAGUGCUGAUAACGUCUGCAUUUUUAAACAGAAGAGAAAAAAAGUCGUCCUUUCUGUCCAAUAUCACAUGAAAGUGGUUGGUUUUUGGCAUCUUAGUUGUCCAGCUUCCAUACUCGUUUUUAUACACUACAAGAAAUACAUUGGCGGCAAAUUCCGUAGCUUGCUAGCUUGUGCACGCCAGCUUUCUGAGACUCUUGUUUUGUUAGCGCAGGCAGGAUGAAGCAGCACGUUUAUAUCACCCGAACGCCUCCCUAGGGAGGUGUUUAGGGCAUGUCCGACCGGUAGGAGGCCACGGACCCAGGACACCUUGGGAAGACUAUGUCUCCCGGCUGGCCUGGGAACGCCUCGGGAUCCCCCGGGAGGAGCUGGAUGAAAUGGCUGAGGAGAGGGAGGUCUAGUCUUCUCUGC